AUGGGCAGUACCACCUUCCCCAUGCACCGCAUCCACCGAGUCGCAGCAGCCUCUUUCGCAAUCUGGAGCCUGGUCAGCCUGGCCGUGCAUCUGGCCAGCCUGGCUCUGUGGAGGGGGUACAGCAAGACGCUGCGCCCCACCGAGCGUCGCCAGUGGUGCAACAAGAUCGCGUGUGGGCUGCAUGCGGCCGUGCUGGCCUACAACCAAGCCUGGAACUUGUUUGAUCCAGUGCUGAAUGCCGACCCGCUGCAUGGCGUCACAGACGGCCACUUCUACUGGGGCUCUGUGCUGCUGGGCUACCUGGCGUACGACACCGCGUACUCGCUGCUCUUCUUCAGCCUGCGCAGUGGGGCCGUCAUGCUGGCGCACCACCUGGUGGGCAUCGCGGGCUGCGCCAUAGGCGUGUACUGCAACAAGCUGGCGCUGUUUGGCAUGGCCAUAGAAGUGUUCUUCGAGUCCUGCAACCCUCUGCUUCAUUUGCUGGGCUGCAUGCGCAUCGCCGGCAGGGCCCACGGCCCUACCUAUGCCGCUGUCAGCAAGAUUUUCAUUGCGCAAUUCUUCCUGUUCAGGGUCCUGAUCAGCAACCUGUGCUUCCUCAAGCUGCUGGGCAUCGUGCUGCGGCUGCAGCAGCAGCCGUGGUGGGCGUGGGCGGGUGUGGCCGUGUUUGGCCUGCUCAACCUGCUCAACGCCUUCUGGCUGGUCAAGCUGGUGCACAUGACGCGCGAGAAGCCGCAGCAGCGGCAGCAGCAGCAGCUGUGCAGCAAUGGCGGCAGCACAGCCAAGGCACCUCUGCCGCAGGCAGCGGCAGGCACCAAGUGCGCGGGGCAGGCUGCCGCGCCGCGCCACCCUGUGGCGCUCACCGCAUACGGCGGCAGCCGGCCUGCCAAGACCGACUAA